UUUGCGAGCGCCAGCACACGCAUUAAGGUCGCAAGUGCAGCGAUUGCACGUACCGUGCAUCCGUGCGACGCGCGCGCCACAAGCGAGCAGGUCUGCUGCGCACCUCAAGCAAAAACAGAGCAGCCAGCCUCUGCCACACUGUGCAGCCGUCGCCGCGAAGCGCACGGGUCGCCGCGCAAACACAGGACAAAAAAAAAAAUGGCCUCCGCCUCCUACAGCCUCCCGCAAAAAAUCCUCGACGAGAUGAUCGUCGACGAGGGCCCCGAGGGCCGCGACAUUACCGGAGACGGCACCGUGCUCUUCCACCGCACGAAGCGGCGCGACGCGCCCGUCAUCGGCAAGCGGCACCCGAAACAGGGCGACGAGUGCAUCGUACGGUGGCGCGAGCGCUGGACCGACGGCAUGAACAUUUCGGACGGCGACGAGCCCUGCAUCGUCGGAACGCAGAGCACGCACGUAGUAGGGGAGAAUACAAUACCUUACGAGCCCCCCGGCAUCCACGACGCGUUGCCGCUCAUGGAGAUCGGCGAUACGGUCCGCCUGCGCCUGCACGUGUCCAAGACUUCCAACCGAUUGGAGCCGGCGGCGUGUGAAUUAGAGCUGGUUACGUUUUAUAGAGUAGACGACUGCGACGGCCUGAAGCGAAAGGUCGCGCGGCAUAAUGAAGAGCUUUACAAGGGCAUCACGCCCCUCGCCGACGUGUCCGUGCGAAAGUCUGUAGUAGAGGGCUUCUCGGCUUUUAAAUUAGCGGCCGCCGGGGCUUUGGUAGAUGCACCCGAAGGUGCCGAGGCGUAUAGAGGGCGAGCGCGCGAUUUUGAGUUAGGGAACGCCUUGAACGGGCUCUGCGAGGGCGACAUCGCGUUGGUCGAAGCGGGCGAUAUGAUACAUAGACUCGACGUCGAGCGCGUGCGGCCGGUCGUCGACUGUUCGGAAGAGGGCGACGAGUCCGUGCUCAAGCUUGAAAUUAGUGCGCCGGCGCACUCGGAGCCAGCUGUUAGGGGCACAAAGGGCGACGUGAAGUUGAGAGUAGCGUCGGGCCUCUGGGUCAUUGAUGACGAGAUCGUCGGCGACGUCGAAUGCACGCCAUCUGUCGGCGCUGAACCCCAAUUCAUGGCGCUAGCAUCGCUAUCUCCACCUCUCAGAUUAGCAGUAGCGAAAAUGGCCGUCGACGAAACGGCCGAGGUCACCCAUGUCGAUGCAGGGAGAAGCGAUGAUGCGGAAGCGCGGUACCGUGUCAUCCUCGAAGGCGUCCGGAACGCCGUCGACCUUGAUGACGGCGUCGCGUACAAGGUCCUGAAUACUGGUUCAAAGGGGCCCUGCCCCGAACCGUUGGAUGACGUCGUCGUUUGCGUGGAAGAGAUGGACGUAACUACAUUACCGCUGAACCUGACGUGGACGCUCGACGAUGAUGAUGAAAAUGUUGCGGGCGCGGCGCUCGAACAAGUGGUGGGGAAGCUGCGCCCCGGUGAAAGAGCCAGCGUGGACUUUAAUGGCAAGGGCCCCAUGGAUUCUACAAAAGGCGUCGUGACGCUCGAGAGAAUUCAUAGGCGCCAGGCGCUGAUCGACCUGAAGCCGCGCCAGCGCAUCGAGCGGGCCGCGGACAUGAAGGCCCGCGGGAACCGGGCCUUCGCUUCCAGAGAUUUCGCCAAGGCCGUCCGGCGGUACGGUGGUGGCAUCGACGCCGCUGCGAAAGACCUGGAACCGGACCUCGACGACGAAGCCAUUCAACAGAGACGAUCGUUAGCGAGCGCAUUGUAUCUCAACCGGGCCGCGGCGCGGUUAGAAGUGAAAGAGUUCAAGCUGGCGCUUUCAGACUGCGACGAGGUUUUAGAAAGCGAGCCGCGCCACGCCAAGGCCCUGUACCGGCGCGGCCGGUGCUGCCUCGAAAUGGACGACUGGGCCGCGGCGAAGCAGGCCUUUGCGAGCGUGCUUGAAGUCGACGCUUCCAAUAAAGACGCGCGGCGCGGGCUGCAGCGCGUCCGGGACGCGGUUAGAAGGCAGAAGGCCUUGGACAAGGCGCGGUUCGGGGGCAAGACCGUGGCCAAGGGCUUCUCCGAGGCGCGGCCCGCGCCGGCGGCGCCGGCGGUGGCGAAGCCGCCCGAGCCGACCCCGGCGAACCGGCGUUCCGCGGCGACGGCUGGGCUGGUCAUCGCUGGGAUGUUUGUUGCGGUGGCGGCGAUUGGGUGGUAUGGCCUACUUGGAUAA